UUGUCCACAGCGGAACCAAAUUUACAGCCUGCUUGAUUGUUAUUUCAUUUUUGUGUUUUCAGGAUGUGAAUGACUUCUCUUUUGGAAUAUAUUCCUUGAUUUGGUGUUAUUUAAAGUAAAUAAAAACAAAGUGAAAAGUUUUUGUGAAUUUGGAUUAUACAAAAUAUUAAAAGUGAAAGACAGAACAAUGAGAAAUGUCGACUAGAGAGGUUCUCAAUGUGUCCGUUACAUGAAGAACGUGCUCUUGACCGUUACACCUGAUUAUGGGACAUGGUAGUACUGCGGAGAGCCACGCCCAUCUCCAUUGUCUCGUGUUGUUCUUGUUCUUCUUACUGUCUGCCAUUAUCUCAGGGACCAAUGCCAUUAGAUAUGUCUGGAAGACAGGGGCAUGGUUUGAUUGCCAACAUGAAAGUUGUGGGAAAGGAGGACGUCAGUACAGACAUGUCUAUUGUAGCGAGGCAGGGGAGUUCAACUAUAAUACCUAUGAUGAAGACUUGUGUUCACACUCAUCAAAACCAAAGGAUUGGCAGGAAUGUUUCAAGGUGUGUGACCACCAUCAGAGCGCCCUCAAAUGGGUGGCAGACCAAUGGUCAGAGUGCACGCUCCGUCCUGAACACCGUACAUGUUCCAUUAAACACGGCAUCCGUUACAGAAAUGUUACAUGCAUGUGGAGUAAAAAUGGUGAUCCAGCACAUGAUGACAUUUGUUUGCAAUUUGAACCGAAACCGGACACGGAACAGAAGUGUGAUUUAAGAUGUCAGCAAAAUUGUGUUGUUUCUAUGUUUUCCUCAUGGAAUUUAAAUAACUGUGAUAAAUGCUUAAUUGUAAAUAAAACUCGGACGCGAGAGCUGAUUAUUCCCCCUGCAAAUGGCGGUCAUUCAUGUCCGUCGUUCUCUGAGAUGAUUCCCUGUGAUAAUUGUGUGGAUGUAUUUACGUAUAAUAUUGGAGCUUGGGGCGAUUGUAUUCCUUUCAAUGCAACGUCUAAUAUCAGAGGUCAAGUUCACCCUCAAAUAGGAUUUCAAAAGAGAAAUAUUCAGUGUAUAAAUAAUUACGGAACCUUAGUCUUAUAUAAGCAUUGCGUGGAACAUUUACGCUCAAGCGUUUCACAACUAGUUGGCAGCCAAACUUGUAUCAUUCCACAGGAUUGCAUGGUGUCGGAGUGGUCUCAAUGGUCGCCACACAACGACAGCUGUAUUCAAGAGGAUGGCUCCCGAAGCCAGGGGUAUAUGGUUCGAUCUCGCAGUAUUCUACAAAUUCCACUAGGUGCUGGCAAGCCCUGUCCUCAACUCAUUCAUUACUUUUCAUUAAAGUCAAAUGUGGAGAAGCCAUGUGCAAGAACAUACUGGAAAAUGUCAAGUUGGAGUGACUGUGAGAUUCCACCUGGAAGUUAUGGAUGUACAACUGGCCUACAGACAAGAAAAGCCUUCUGUGUACAGAACAGUGAUAAUGGGAGAGAAAAGCCAGUACCUGAUGGCUAUUGUAAAGAUAAACGACCUUUGACCUCACAAACUUGUCGAGCAGAAUGUGACCUUGACUGCACUGUUUCUCAUUGGACCCACUGGACAGAGUGCAAGGUCACGGACUGUGAACUCUAUCUCAGGCGUAGAAGAACUAAUGAGGGUACAGGUCAGAGGUAUAGAACAAGGAACAUUCUGACAGAGGUGAGAGGUAAAGGUAACAUGUGCCCACACCUUAGUGAGACUCAAACUUGUGACCCCCAGCCAUGUUUCCACUGGAAUAUGACAGUUGGAGCCUGCCAGUUACUGAAUAUCAACACAUCACCACCAUGUGGUCUUGGCACUGCUUACAGAACCAUUUCCUGUGUAAAUAAAAUCGGAUUACGGGUAGCCGACACAAAGUGUGAGGAACUAAGUGAAAAACCUGCACAGAAAGAGGACUGCAGUGUUCCGUGUCCUGGGGAUUGUAUUGUAUCACAUUGGAGUCCAUGGUCACAGUGCCCUAAUUUAUGUCAGGAGGGACGGGACAGAGACGCGCCCAUACAAACAAGGGAGAGAAUGAUUCUAGCUCAGUCUGGUAGAGGUGGAAAGAUGUGUCCACUUAGCAGAGAACUCCAGGAGAUAAAGACAUGUCCUACAACCAUAGAGUGUGCUGUAUACGUGUGGCAAAGUGACCCCUGGGGUAUGUGUGUCUCUAGGGAGAAUGGUGUCCCGUGUGGGCCAGGUAAAAGGAAGAGGGAUGUUGGCUGUUACAGUCUACUUGGUCAAAUGGUCAAUGACAUCAGAUGUACAUUAAAGGUAAAACCAUCCACGGAGGAGUCCUGUGAAGUGCCAUGCCCUAUCAACUGUGAGGUCACUGAAUACUCGGAUUGGUCUGAAUGCAGCGCCUCUUGUUUUGAAGCCACUCAGAUUUUACCAAGACAGACCAGAGUACGCCAUAUUGUCCAAGAGCCAAGACAUGGAGGAGCACCGUGCCCUAAUGUACUGACAGAGGUCAAACAUUGUAACAAUCUAACAUUCUGCGAAGGUUAUUACUGGGAUCUUGGUACAUGGAGCAGAUGUGCCCUUCCGCCUCAUAAAAUACCUCAAUGUGGUCAAGGUUUACAAGCUAGAGAUGUGUCAUGUAGAAUAGAGAAUGGCACGCUCCAGCCUAUUGACGUUUGUAUACGACACAUUGGUCCAUUACCCAAAAUUGCCAAACCAUGUUACAAAUCUUGUAAUGAAGAAUGUGUGUUUGAGGAGUGGUCAGAAUGGAGCCAGUGUGUUAAUGGGUGUAAUGGCAAAAGAUUUAGAACAAGGAAACUUAUUGAAGAUCCUAGAAUAGUAACCAAACUACACUGCCAGGACACCCGCUUCUACCCCCUUGACUCUUUUGAGGAAUGUUUAUGUGAUACACACCAGCCUGUUGCCAUUGGUAAUUGGUCUGAAUGUGUUCUUGAUGAAGGCGAGACAUACUACCGGACUAGGACAUUCCAAGGUGAAAGAACUGAAGGCGUUACUCCACUUCCUCGAUUAUCAGGUAGUUACGGUGUGAAUGCGAUCUGCGGUCCUGGACAGAGAUACAAGGUUCUGGCCUGCCAGAAUGAGAUUGGCGAGGUAGAAGCUGCAAAUAAAUGCUCACUUAAACCAUAUGAACAGGAAAUGUGCCUUAUACCAUGCCCAGUUGACUGUAUUAUGUCAGAGUGGUCCCUGUGGACAGACUGCUCUACUUCCUGUGGGACUGGUACUCAGAUGAGAUACAGACAUAUAAAACAGAACCCUUCUGAUGGAGGUAGACUGUGUCCCUCUCUGGAUAAUGCUGGAAAAGAAACCCAGAGUCGUGUAUGCCAAACUGACUGUCGUAAAAACAAAUGGCGUACCUUCAAGUGGGAUCCUUGUAUACCUGAUUAUGGUGCUAUCUGUGGCAAUGGUACACAGUCUAGAAGUGUAAGGUGUGAAGUUUUAACAACACAUGGGUUUAUCAAUGAAGUGUUAGAGGAUUAUAUGUGUGCCUUCCACGAGAGACCACCUAGACAGAGAUUCUGUAACUCACCAUGUGCUGGGGAGUGUGUGGUCAGUGAGUGGUCAGAAUGGUCAAGAUGCCAACAGCCAUGUGCAGAUCCAAAUCAGACUCGGAGACGACAUCGCACGGUUUUACGGCAGCCUAGUGAUGAUCCGAUACAUUUCUGUCCGCGCCUGCUUGACGAUGACUUCUGUAAAAGGGGAGACAACUGUGUAGAGUAUAUCUGGGUGAUGACUGACUGGACCAGUUGUCUGGUGAAUUAUGGGGAGGAUGAAUGUGGAGUUGGUCAUAAAGAGAGGUACCCAGUCUGCCAGGAUCAAACAGGCAGAACUGUAGAAGAUGAGAAAUGUACUGAGGCACUGGGAGAGUCCACAGAACUGAAGGUUGUAUCAUGUCAGAUACCAUGUGAUGUUGAUUGUUUGUUGACAGAAUGGUCUUCCUGGAGUCAGUGUAGCAGCACCUGUAAUCUAGGCCAGCAGAUUCGUAUGCGAGACAUUGUAGAACAACCACGAGGUAAUGGCCGCAAGUGCCCGGACAUAUUUGAGCAGAGGAAGCCAUGUUUUGUUAAAGGUUGUUACACAUGGGUUGUCUCUGAUUGGUCAGAAUGCACCAAUCAGAAAGGAGUAUGUGGUCAUGGUGUACAGACACGUAAUGUAACAUGUGAGGCGAAUGGCGGUCUUCCUGUUAAUGCAACAAACUGUGAUCCAGACUUAAAUAUUAUUAUACUUCCUAUAGAGCAACCAUGUAAAAUACCAUGCCCUGGUGAAUGUAUUGUUACAGAGUGGACUGAAUGGAACGACUGUUUUAUUGACUGUAAAAACUAUGAUAGACCACGUUAUACAAGAGGUGUACAGAGUCGAUCCCGCGCUAUCUUAGCCAAGGCCCAGCUCAACAAUCCACCAUGCCCUGAACAAUUGUGGGAGAGCCGACCAUGUGAGGCAACAAAAUGUUUCUCCUUCCAUUGGCAGACAUCUGAAUGGACGCAUGCCAAGGGUCGAACUGUCUGGUGUGAAAGAUCCGAUGGGCUCAAGGUCACAG